UAUUACUAUUCUUUUAACACCCAUAUAGUAAUUUGUGUGCUAAAUACAUAAAAUUUUAUACAUAUAAAAAGCCACCCAAAAUAGACAUUGAGCUCCACCUUGCACCGUCUACUAUACCAUUUUUCUUGUCUCGAGAACUCCUUUUCCCUAUAACAACACCCCUUUUGGAGCUUCUUUGUUAAAAUCUCUUCUUUCUUCUUAUUCUUCUUACUCACUAGCUCUAUUAAUAUUCUUGAAAAGACAGGGAACAAGAAUUUCUUCAUAACUUGUUCUAAGUUCUUGGCACAAAACAAUCAUGGCUACUGCUUUUGUACUGUCUUUAAUACUUUUCUUGGCUUUCACUGGUUACUCAAGUGGUGCUAAUUACUGUUUGUGCAAAGAUGGGGUAGGAGACAGUCUUAUGCAGAAGAGCAUAGAUUAUGCUUGUGGAAAUGGAGCUGACUGUACUGGUAUCCUUCAAAAUGGACCUUGUUACAACCCUAACACUAUCAAAGAUCACUGCAGUUAUGCUGUAAAUAGCUAUUAUCAGAAGAAAGCUGCAUCUGGUGCAACCUGUGACUUUUCUGGAACUGCAACUUUGAGUUCAAAUCCACCAUCUUCCUCUACUUCUGGAUGUUACCAGACCACCCCUGGAAACACUGGCGGAGGUACCACAACUGUACCAGGAACCACAACAAAUCCCGGCACCGGCACCGGGACUGGGACUGGCACGGGCACUAGCACCGGCACUGGGACUGGCACGGGAACUACAACAGGUAUUAACAAUCCUACUUUUGGGCUAGGACCAACAGGAAGUGGUGGCUACAAUCCAGAUGGCAGUGGCACAGAGACUCUUCAUCAAAAUACUGUCUUUUUCACUAUAGCCAUUUUGUUUACAAGCUUGGUAUUCUUAAGACUCUAAAGAAAAUGAUGAAUGUGAGGCAGUAAAUGAAGGAAGUUUUGUUUGAGAAGAUAAUGUGGACUUUUGGCACAAAGUAUGGGUAGCCACUUUCAAUGGUCAGCAGGGGAGAAUCAUCUGGACACUUCCACUUGGACUUCUUUUUAUUUCUUUCUUUUGUUUGUUUUCUUCUUGUUCUUUCUCCAUCUUCUUCGCUCCUUUAGUGAGUGAAAAAGUUUGGAAUUAGAUUCCCUUUUGAAAGUGUUGGGGAUGUGGCUGUUUCUGGGGUAGUAAUGUACUAAUGUAGAAGAAUCUGAUCUCUUCUUUUUAGAUUUUCCUUUUUGUAUAUCUGGAGAGUAGAGACAUAAGGCUGUAUUGUUUAUUUUAGAGAUGUUAUCAAUGAGUACUCACUACCCUACCCCAUCUCUGGUAAGAUUAGUGCAUCUCUGUAUUAAAAAUAUAACCCUUCUUUUCCCUGUC